AUGCUUGACGAAAACCUGCCUACUUUUCGGCUUAAACCAUCUUCCGACAGCCCUCUUUCAAGCCUGUACUACUUUACAUAUAAUGGCUCAGAUCCAGAACCCGAGUAUCUUCUCCGGCGGGCAGACCCAGCGCAGCCCGAGGCUCGCAACAAGUAUGCGAUAGCACUUUGUGAUCCCCUCAAUGCUGAUGUGGUGUAUGGGGAAGUGCUUGUCGAGCCCAUGUGGGCACAGCCGGCUCUGUCGACGGCCGAUCAGCGCGCACAAACCCAGGCCGGCGUCGCUGUUCCUGCAACCACAGCGGCCAUGAUUCCGAAUAGCUUCACCAUUCAGCUGUACAACCCAGACCAUACAGUCACUAUCAAGAUGGUUCCUGGGACAUGGAACAAGAACGACAGCUGGGAGUUUGAGAUUCCUGUCCAGUCGUUCCCUGUGCCAACAGCUAGUCAGUUAGAUCGAGAGCAGCAGAACAACGGGCCCACAGCUUCGGACUUGACGCCUCGGAUCAUGUUCCGGUGGAAAAGGGACGGCCGCUUAAGCCGGGAUAUGACUUGCUACAUGUCUGGUAGGAGAGUUGGCUCUCGCAGGAACAAAGAACCCGACAUCACCAUUGCCCUGUUCAAGGCCAGUCGAGAGAGCAAACUGACCAUUUAUGAGCCAAAUCUCAAUCGUGUCGAGGUUGAAGACCGUAAGGGCCUUGAAAUAGUCUUAUUGUUAUGCUCAGAGGUCAUCAAAGACCUUUGGUUAGUGCCCAAGAGCAACCCCUUCAAUCUCCAUGGAGAUGGUCCUCCAGCGCCGAGUGCUGCCCGGAGAAAGGUCUCGACGGGAGCAGCCAUGUUUGGCGCGGCCUCUAACAUCCCUUCAUCGUCCACACCCGGGAUUGACGCCGAAACGCGCGAGCUACAAGCCAUGCUCGAGCAGGAGGAACGUGAGCGUGAGAAGGCCGAGCGCGAGCGCGAGAAGAGGGAGCGAGCCGAGCAGGAGCUCAUCAAAAAGAUGCUCGAGGAGGAAGAGAAGGAGCGGCGGCGGCGCGAGGCUGAGAUCGAGAAGGAAACAGAACGCCUACGCAAAAAGUACGGCGUGGAGGGCCAGCAGCUGCCGUCUGAGAGGGGAGAGCGUUCUUCUGUUUCCGCUUCCUCGACGCUCUCACCCACCGUGCCAACUCCCCCACCCCGACCUGUUAGCGCUGGGCCAUACGGGCGUCCCAGCCAGGGUCAGGGAUCUCAAGGGCCCGAGCCUAGUUCUUCCCAUCAUGGCAGUAGGCUGCUGAAUGUACCGUUGUUUGGGCCGGCAAGUCGUGUACCACAGCCUGUGGUGGUACAGCAGCCACAAUCCCAGGCCAAUGGGGGCCAAAGAGCAAGGGGCAAGUCGGAAGAUGGAGGGAAGAAAAUACACAAGAAAAAAAGUUCGUUUUGGUGA